CAAACCAGAAGCUUUUCUUUGGAGGCCUACAACUAAUAUGUUCUGUAUGCAACAAGCUCAGGGGAAGACAAUAGCGUGGCCAGCUGAUAAGGUGGUGUUCCAAAUCAGUCAUCAAUCUGACAAUGAAGACAAUAUAUCCAUGCAUUCGAGUAAAAAUAUGAAUCAUAUAAAGUGCAAGAUCUUCAAUUGGACCGGAAAAGAUGAAAUUGUUGCUGAAGGUCGUUGGGUUUCCAAUGAUUCAAAAAUGCUUGUUAAUGGCGUUCCUCUCGGACCUAAUGCCAUGAUUGUUUGGGUUGAUGUCCCGACAAGUCCUGAAGCUUUUUUAUGGAGACCCACGCCUGACAUGACAUCUAUUGAAGAUGCUAUCGGCACUAAAGUAGCGUGGCCUGCUGACAAGGUUGUAUUGGAAAAUAUCUCAAUUAACAAUGUGGAAUCUACAAACAUAUCAUCUCCUUCGAGUGUGAACAACUCAAAGAAAAAGUGCAACUUGUUAGAUAUUGGUGGCUCGGGAAAGAUAGUUGCUGAAGGACAUUGGUCUUCAAGUGAUCCGAACCAGGUUGUUCACUUCGUUCCUUUAGGUCCUAAUGCUAUGCGUGUUUGGGUUGAUAUCCCUAGUAUCCCUAGUGCAUCUUUUUGGAGGCCGACAUCUGAGUUAGAAUGCAUUGAAGAUGCCGUUGGUACGACAAUAGCUUGGCCGUCAGACAAAGUUGUUAUGCUUUGAAAAGCUGGUAAGUU